UGGCGUCCGCGCCUCGGGGGUCGGGGCUGCGCUCCCAGCCUGCGCGGCCCGAGCGGGAUUGCGGGGGGGGGUUGCCGGCCCUGAUCUAGAUUAAUACUGAAGGGAUGGGGCGAGAGAGAGAGAAGAAUGCAUCCCGGCAGCACGGUGCAGUCUGACUCCGAAGUAUCUGUGUUGUUUAAAAUCCGAAGCUGUCAGUGACAAUGACCAUCUUCAUCAGCUUUACCUUAAGAAGAAUAAGCUGAUGUUUUGCCUCACUAGGACUUGUGCUGAAGGGCAGCUAGGAAGGUUACUUCCCUUGCCAUUUGCAGCCGAAAGCAAGUCGACUUCGGGAGAGCGCUUUGCACAAUGUUUUCGUAUUGUUUUUGAAGACAUUCCAGCCACCCAGUGCCAAUCUUUUAUUCACAACAAAGGUCUGCGGAACUGAGUUAUGUCAACAGUUGCUUUGAUUACUGUGGUGAGAAAUGGAGGUUGUCAAGUGAGGAGAGUGCUGCUGAUGCCCCGCCUUUUGCAAGACAGCAAGUAUGUGACUGCUGUGCGCCACAGUUCUACGACGCAACGCAGGACUUCCUGCUUUGACCCUGAUGGCAGUGGGCGGCCCACCACGUGGGACUCCUUUGGCAUCUGGGACAACCGGAUUGAUGAGCCCAUCCUUCUCCCACCAAGCAUAAAAUAUGGGAAGCCCAUUCCCAAGGUCAGCCUGGCCAAUGUGGGCUGUGCCACUCAGAUUGGCAAGCGGAAGGUGAACGAGGACCGCUUCAAUUAUGCUGAGCUGACUGACAGCGUCCUGUAUUUUGCGGUGUAUGAUGGGCAUGGCGGGGCAGCUGCAGCUGAUUUCUGUGAUAAGUACAUGAAGAAGUAUAUUGAAGAAUUUCUUCCUCAGGAGGAGAACUUGGAGAUUGUGUUGACCAAAGCUUUUCUAGAAAUAGACAAAGCAUUUGCAAGACACGCUCACUUAUCUGUCGAUGCAACCUUGCUGAACGCUGGGACCACUGCAACAGUGGCCCUACUGCGAGAUGGUAUUGAACUGGUUGUGGCCAGUGUUGGAGACAGUCGGGCACUCUUGUGUCGAAAGGGAAAGGCUGUGAAGCUCACCAUUGACCAUACUCCAGAAAGGAAGGAUGAGAAGGAAAGGAUAAAGAAAUGUGGUGGCUUCAUAGCCUGGAAUAGUUUGGGACAACCCCACGUGAAUGGGAGGCUUGCAAUGACACGUAGUAUAGGGGACCUGGAUAUGAAGAGCAGUGGAGUGAUAGCACAGCCAGAAACUAAGAGGAUUCAGGCAAUACAGUACGGGACUGAAGAUAACAGCACCUCUGUCAUCGUGCCAUUUGGAGCCUGGGGGAAGUACAAAAACGCUGAGGUCAACUUCUCCUUCAGCCGUAGCUUUGCCUCGAGUGGGAGGUGGGCAUGAGAACCCACUGAAGUUAUUCUUUUCCAUGCAGUGGCCCGUAUGCAGCAAGAUACAGGAGAACACAUCCAUGUCUAGGUUGUGUCUUGUCCACCUCUCUUUCCCAGAAUUGUACACAACAUGAGACUUACUGCUUCCAGGUUAGGAAACAAGCUCUUGUCACUUACAUUUUACCACUUUUUAUUUAUUUUGGCCAGACUUCAGGCAGCUGUUUGUGUUUCUGCUCCUAGGAGAUGUGUAGCUUGUGUCUCCCUGUUCACAAAUGACUAGAUGCUAGGCUUUCACAUGUUAAAUGCUUCCUGCCCAAUGUGUGUUUGUACUGACUGCUGUAUUUAGUGUCCCUGGUUAUUUAGCAGCUGUAAAGGACUGGCAUGAUAUAUUCUGAGCCAUGUGCUCUUCACUUUGCGCGACAGAUGAGCAGAUGCACAACAAUUAUGAGAAGAUGAAAGUCUUCCAUUGGUAUAGAGGCACCAAAAGUUCCUCUGUGCUUCAGGAGAAGCAUGUGAAAAAUAGUGGCAUAGCUGUGAGAAAAGAGUCAGGAAGCAGCUCUUCUGUGCCAAUAUGUCCCAAGCAGUAGAAUAAGCUUUUCCCCAAAGUCCACAUAAGUUAAUUCUGGUCUGUAGAAAACUACCCCUUGACUUCCGUGCACUGUGACCUUUUGAGUCUAAAUGCAUGUGCAGGCCAGGAGCCAGUGAUGACAUGGCAACUUAGGUGUAAUGUGGGACAGACCUAAUGUCUGUGCCAUCCCUACCAUCCUCUCUACCAGUGGCAUUGAAAGGAAUAGGUGGCAGAUCUGCAGGAGAGCAAAAACUGAACGUUUUUUCAAACCCAGAGACAACAUAAGCUUGGAUUCCUUUUUCCUAAAGGAAGUAAUUUCAGUCUAUUUCAUUUUCUAAUAGAGAGUAGGGUGGGGAGAUUUUUCACUUUUCUGAAAGAAAAUAAAGGUAUGAGGGCUUUUCAGCUGUCUGGGACAGGAUCUAGUCAGUUAAUCCUUUCUUCUGUGCCAGCUAACUGGUCACUAGAUGCUUUUAGAUGCAUAAAGUAGACUUUCCCCUUUUCAGUUUUUUGGAAUCUUUGGAUUUGCUCAGGGCCUUGUCACAUGUUCACUUGCAACAGUUGGAAAUCAUUAGUAACCUAUUAAAGUUAGUACCUGUUAAGAGCGAACCUUCACUGAAACGGAACAACUUGACAAUGCCUUGAGAGCACUUAACACAUGCUAAAAACUGCUUCCAUUUUAACUGUACUUAGUAAGUAUUAAGUUGAACAUGUGACAUCACUCUCAGAUUCCCAAAAUGAAGUGUAACUGGGGGGAGGGGGACAUGUAGGGGUAUGUCUUUAAGCAAAGAGUGCCCCUUUUUCUUAUCCCUGUUUUUAAGAUGGAAGAAGAAACUAUAGGAGUCUGCAGUAGAUUAGGCACAAAGGGCCAAAUCUGCAGCUGGCUCAAACUUUCAAAAUUCCCAUUGACUUCAGUGAAACUGCACUCAUGUACACCAACUGAAGAUCUGGCCUAAAGUGCCCUGUUCUGGUCUCAAUCAGCUUCACUGAUAUGCACCCCUCCCCCUUCCCACCACUGUAAAAACAGUGUAAUUAAAGGCAGGCAGGGAAAAACUGGCAUCUUCUCAAUAUGAUAUUUUUCAUGCUAUUAAAUUGUUUCUGGCAAGAAAGGUUUUAAAAUUGAAUGGUCACCUUAUACUAAGGGAGCGCAUUGCUGAGUUGCCCAGUGAGACACUACAAUGUGAACUGUGGGUCUCUGUCACUUUUAAUUUUUCCUAUGCCACACCUGAUCUCACCAUUCCAGAUGUUUGAAGGCCUAUGACCAUGCUCUGGGCAGGCAUACUUAGUAUUGCUCUGAAAGCAUCUACAACUUUGCAUAGGGAGAAUGCCCUGGUCUUGUCUCAUUACUCAAUGUAUUAUAUGGUGUACAUAAUAUGUAUAUUGGUUUUAUAAGUGUGUGAAACAAUACUUGUAAAUAUAUAUUGUAUCCAAUGCUAUUUCCUAUGUCACUAUCACAGGUCUAGUAAAAUUAUAAGCCCUCUGUUUCAUAUAUUCAAAAGGUUUGCAGUUAAUCUUAAUCCAAAGGAAAAUGUUUGGUUUUCCAAAGUUGUGAGCCCAGUUUUGCUUCCCUGAAGCAGAAGAGACAUUUUCAGUGGCUAUCAGUGGAGUAGGAGCAGGGGCUCGUUUGGAACAAGCGUCUCUCUGGGUUAACUAUAUUUAUAGUACUGUUGGGAGAAAUCUCCUUAUUUUGAGCCCUGAGGGUGACAUCCUGACACUAUUGAAGUCAAUGGAAAUGUUGCCAUUGAUUUCAGCAAGGUCAGAAUUUCAUCCCUGGUCUUUAUUAGCACUUCUAGAAAAUGGAUACACUAAAAUGCAUAGUCUGAGAGUGAGGCUUUAGAAAUGGCAUGUGUGUAUGAGAGAGAGACUACUAACUAUAGAGCCCUACUAAAGAUGUUUAUUGUAUGUUAUGGAUACAUAAUAUGCAUAUAGAGAGCAUCUUUAUGUGUAUGCCACUAUCCUAAACACACAGCAUAUAUUGAUUACUGCCUUGUGAAUGUGCUGAUGUAGUGAGGAAGGGACUAAAUGCUACAGUGGGCAGUUCUGUUAGCUUUGUUCCCCAAAGCAAAUAUGGCUUUGGUGAGAAUCUGCUUAAUCUCUAGUGAAUAUUUGACCACAUGCCAAAACCCUCCUUGUACUGGGCAGUGGUUUUGGCAUCAAGUGAUAGACUCUCACUAGCAGAAGUCUAGCGCAAAAUUUGUGGACAAAGCGCAUUGACACUUUGUCCUUCAUUUUUAUCCUCUGGCCCGUUAGCCAUAAAUCUGGUCUGAAGAUAUCACAAAGACUUAGGAAUUUAGUGGUGCACACCCAUUUAUUUUUAUAUAUUAAAUCUUUUUUGUAAGUGUUUAAAGUUUGAAUAGUAUUAGACAUUUUUCAGACUGAGCCCAUCCUAUUAAAUCGCUGGUGGGUAGUGAGAAAUUCUGCACUUCAAGUGCUGGAAUAAAAAAGCAUGGUAACUCAAAGAGUAUCUUGGGGAUGGGUUUAAGUUUGCCCUCUGGAAUGCAAGUUUGUGGUCUAAUUGUGUUCCCUACAUUUUACUACAUCUCUUUCCCAUGUCCUAUCACUGAAUAUUGUAGAGAAUUAGAUAUUUUUGCAUUUCUGUUGGUUGGUGCUCCUCUGAGACCAAUAAUUUGUGGGUUUUUUCUUACGUUAGAAAGGAGAUAGAAAAGAAGGGAAAUGAUGAAACUGCAGAACAGUACGAGUUGAAGAUAAAGGGCUCCCAUUGACCAUUUCUUACAGAGCAACAAAGGAACAUUUAAUGCCAUAGAAGGGCAGCAAAUUUAAAACUAAUAGAAGGAAAUAUUUGUUAAAACAAAUACACAGUUUGUCUGUGGAACUCCUUAGAUGUAUUUGAAGACAAAGGCUUAAUAGGAUUUCAAAAGGGUUAGGCACAUUAUAGAUAGAAAUUUCACAGUUGUAUUAGCUGGGGGUGUAUUUAUACAAUAUAUACAGAUCUACAUAUGUAUAAUAAGGAAUAUCAGCACUCAGGACUUUGAAGCACAAGUCAAUUACUGACUGACAGGUGUUAGGAAGAAACUUUUUCUGUGGUCAGGUAAUUGCAUAACUGCCCACCAUGGAGUUUUUGCCACCGUCUUCUGAAGCAUAGAGUUACUGUUGGUACAAAAUACUGGACUGAAAUGUCCUAUGGGUCUGAAUUGGUAUGGGAAUUACUACGUCCUCAUUUAAGAACAGAGUUCUGGAGAUAUCAUGCUGCAUUGUAGCCUUCCUUCAUGCACCUAAUGUAAGCAGUUUACUCAAGUCAGACCGCAGCUUACAAAGCACUUGAUUAAAAGUGCAUGGCAUUUUUUUUUGUGGUCACUCAUCUUCUUCUUAUGCUUCUUCCUCAGGUAUUCAUAGCUAUUGCCCCUCUUUUGCACCACACUCAUGCUUUUCCCCUAUCACACUCUGGCCUGAUGGAAUUAAAGCAUUUAUGCCAAGGCUUCCUUUUCUCAAAUGGGUCAAACCAGACUGGUGCUACUAGGGUGUUGGCUUUGUAUUUUGUCAUUUGGAACUAGCUGCCAAAUCAGCAGAAUAAUUUUAUUCUUAUGCCUUUCCAGUUUUGGGGCUGUUCAGAAUCCAAACACUCCAACCCAGUAAACGCAUUGUAAUUGUGGCAAAUGUUUGUUUAUUAAGUAUCUUGCUGGGGGCGUGGAAAAUGAAGCCGUUACAUUACAGCCAUGUUGGAGGGGUGAACACAGUGUCUUCCGACUACAUGUAGGGAUCAGUUUAGCAGCUCCCUUCCAGCUUUCAGCUACCUAAGCAGCUUACAUGGAACAUCAAGGUUUUCAAGUCAGAAUCCACAUCUUUGACUUUAAAGCAGCUUUGUUUAAGGGAGGGGGAAAAAAAGCAAAUUCUAACAAGUUUAUCAGCUUCUGAACAGAAAAUCCUGUUUUAAGCCCUGAGGGACCAGAAAAACUCAAUUGCCUGUUUGAGGGGAUCUUUUAAAACUUAGGAUUGAAUUUGAUCUGAAAACUGUGAAGAUUAAAGAGGUCUGUUAUGGUGGCAGUUGUUUACUUAUAGCACAGUAUUUAUUAUAUGUACUGGAAUUUAUUCUGAACUUCUUAUAAGUAAAAUCUGCUUUAUUUUCCCCUUAGUAUGUAUCUGUUUAUACCAAUGGGUAGGACACUAUCCUUGUAUUACAAACCAAACUGUAUUUUCAAAGUGACCUGCCUGCCCAAAAACUCUUUAGUUCUUUACUGCUUUUUCACAGCUAGAUUCUGUUACCCUUUUUCCAUGGUAAAUAGUUCUUCCUUUGUGGGAAGUCCCACUGAAAGCCAUAGGUCUGCACAUUGGAGUGAGGUGUUCCUCAGUGUGAAUAAGAAUAUCCUAAGAUGGAUGGCCCUUAAGAUUCAGAAAGGCUGCUUCAGGGUUUUUAAAAUUACUUGCCAGUUGAUUUAUUGAUACCAGCAAAAUAAGGGGGGAACAAUUUGCCUCACUUCCCUCCUAUUGCUAGAAGACCUGAGAAGUGAAGAUACAGAAAACUGUAACAUAAGCUAUGGCUCCCUUUCUCCCAUAGCUGAGGUACAAGAGGCUGAGUUCUGGAUAGGGACCUGCAUGGAUUCCCUAUCAAUUGCAGUCUCUAAAUAUAGAGGGGAUGUGUCUUUCUAAAACAUAUGCUAUAACUCCAACAAAUUGUGGGCUUAACAUGAACAUUUUCAGGUAAGGUUCUGGGGCCUGCACUAUGCAAGAGGCCAAGAUGGAUUAUCACAACAGUCCCUUCUGGCCUGAAAAAAAUCUAUGGAUGUGUGAACAGACAUGCAUGAUAUGACUGACAACAGCAGAGCAAAACAAAUAAUUAUAUAAAAAAAGAAACUACUGCUUAUUACAUUUUUGGAGUAAAUGAACAAUGGGAAGAAAGCCUGGUCCUACUGAAGAACUCCCACAUAUUUCAUUGGGAGUCAGGAUAAUCUUUGUGUUCCUAGAUGGAAGUGCUAUAUUUAAAGGCUUUUGAACAUUUCCAGUUAAUAGAGAACCAGCAAACAAUCGAUAGCAACAAAAUGGAAUCACCAAAAUAAUUUCCUUUUUAUAAACUCACUUUGGCACUCUUAGAGUGAUAGGUCAUUUGUCCAGCUAGGUGAAUGUACUGUAAUAUAGACAACUUUUCGUGUUCCUUGGGUCUGAAGCUGCUGUACCUCAAAACUGAGGUAGCUCAAGCUAUCCUCUUUUAUCCAGUGUAUUCAGUGCUUACAGUUUUGCAUGUCAUAAGUUUAUACAUAACAGAAGUGCAAUUGUGUAUAUUUGUUACAUGGUUUGCCUUAGGACCUAUGGUUUAAUGUUUCAUAUUUGGUGCAAUCAAUGUCCACAAUUCAUUUACUACUUGAUUUGAAAUGAGUGUACUGGGGUUUUUUUUUUUAAUGUUUGUCUUUAUUGAAGUACCUAUACAAUGUGAGCAGGCUAAAGACUGUACUGGAAUGCUUAAAAGAUCUUUAAUAAAGUUUUA